UAUAUUCCGAACCGAAAUAAAUUAAAUACGUGAUUUUUUUAUGUAAGUUUAUGUAUAUAUCAAGCGUAGUAAAAAAACUUACAUAUAAUAUAAUAAAUAAUGUGAAAAGUAAGAAAGAAAACUAUCGAAAAUAUCUAAGAAUCUAUUCGUUUGAAAUAUCUAGUGCCAUUUAAAUAUUCUUUUUGAAAUCAUUAAUAAUCUAUUUUAUUUGGAUUAUUAUAUUUAACUUUAUAUAUAUUUUUUUCAAUAUAUGGUUAUUAUUUGUUGUACCCAUAAAUAUAUCUAGAGAACGAAGCGUGUUCUUUCUUUAAUACCUUAUAAUUUCUAUGACGAUUCGAGAGUAAUUUUAUAACGGAAACGCGCGUUUUCUGUUCUAACUAAGCUGACCGUUUUUAAAGAGUAUUAUAUAUUUACAUAAAAUAUAUUCUUUGGAUAGCGUUUAUUAAUAGCCAUUUUUAUAAGUUUUCAAUUUUUUAUGAUUUAUAAUCGUUUUAGUUCAACAUACAUAAAACACCUUACUUAUUUAGUAACUUUGCUAUAUGAAAACGGAUAAAUUACAUGAAGUAUUUUUUUUUUAUAUUUGUCUGAAAUGAAAAAAACAUUCUUAACCUUAUUCUAUAUAAUCAACGUUAAGACACGUUACGUGUUAGCAAAACACACAUUGAUUAUGCCUUUCAGUCGAAGGUGCAAUAGGGCAAGUUGAAUUCACUUGCCUAGCUUAUUAUUAUGCUACAAUACGUAGAAGAGCUUUACACUUUACAUAGUAAAUGAUUAUGUUAUUUAUGUGGCCGCGAAGCCGGUCGAGAACGAACUGUGUGCAAACUUAUGCAUUAUACAAGUUAAAAACUGCCAAGUAGGUGAACUCGCAUUAUGUAUCUCUAUUUAUAUCUGUGGGUGCUUCCUUUUAAUAGUUUCAGAUAUAUUUUUUUAAUAUCACUAUUGAUGUGGUAUAUAUUAAAAUUAAUGUGACCUAAAAUAUUGUGUGUGACGAAAAUUGUUGGAUUUUAUAGCCAAGCCCUUGGCUUCACCGUCAGGCGUAAGGAUGAGGCGAUCAAAAUAUUUCAAACGGCAGAGCAGAGUUCAGCCCGACGAGCGCGAGGUCCGGAAGCAGGUGUCGGAGCCUACGCUUACGGCUGUCGUGCCCGUUCUACAAAAACACGAGUCUUACCCGCAGUAUUCCACUACCAAGAUAUAUCGACCUCGGCAACGUACGGAGCAGGCUGUCGGAUCUCUUCUAAUCAGGGCAGUAGCGGUCGUGAACCGUCAGCCGUCUACCACUGCCACCACAACUAUGUCUACAAGCUCAUUCGAAAGCGUCGUGUCAGAGAGCGUUAUUUCAGAGAACCCGGCUCAGACGCAUCGCGCUAGCCAUACACCCGCUGUUCGCUCUGGCCCACCUCUCAGCUGCAACUUCUGCUGGAAUACAGUCGACGAAUGUGGCCGUAUUCUUCGCCGGAAAACUCAAUACCAUUGCCCCGAAUGCCGCACCAACUUGUGCAUAGUGCCAUGUUUCCACGAGUACCACGAUGGACCCGAAGCUGACUCGAGUAAUAUCGCAAGAUGAAUUCAUUAAUUUCUUAAGCGUUAAUUUGGCUCGUUUCGUUUAUUUUAGCCGAGUAAACAGAUUUUGACGCCGCUGAAAAAUAUUAAUAGUAGGGGUUAGAAUACCUCACGUAAAAGGUGAUACGUGGUGUCAAGCUCUUGUUCUCGGCCGUCGCUUCCUAAGUUGAGGUAAUAUAUAGUUCUGCCGCGUUCUUUUUUGGACUGAAAGUCUAUGUUUAUGUUUCUUUAAAAAAGAUAGGUUAUAAGAUUUUAGGUUGUAUUUACCAAAUAGAUGAUUAUGUUUGUCUAGUCCCGGAUCUUUUCGCCUACUAAAAUAUUAACAAUGUAUUUUUUAAAGUAAUAAAGUUAUCCCAUUUUCUGAUAUAUUGUACAGGUUAAGUAAUGAAAUGAUGUCUACAUUCACUAUAUUUAUUAAACGUUAUAAAAGCAAUAUUAUCUACGUAUGUAGUAGAAACAAUAUACAAAAAAAAAUUAUUUAUGAUCCAUAUGAAACGUUUAUUAAUAAAACGUAGUCAUUUAGGUCGGCUAAUACUCAAAUGUCACUUGGUGCUUACUUGUUUAUGCCAGUUUGUAAAGGAUCGAACUACGCAUGUAGUACUACACUAAGGGGAUAUAACAUAGACCGACUGAUGCAAGUGUAGCCAGUGUUUUCAAGCAAGACAUUGAGUUUAGCUAGACCAUUCACGUACAAACGUUGAAUUCGUAGUAACCAAUUGCAAUAUUUAUAAUUCAAUCGUUUUCAAUGAAUGUUAUGUAACAAUAAAAUAAAAAAUAAUAAAAAAACUUAUGUAACACUAGCUGUGACUUUACUAUUUGAAUAUUAAAGAAAUUCUAUGCUGUUUAAUAGUUAAGACCAUAUGGUAUAAAAUAAAUGUUAAAUGUAUUUUCGAAUCUUGUUGUUAAUGAUAAAAAGUUAGGCAUAAACAAUUAAAUGUAUGACAGAUAUUACUGAGACUAUCGUCAUGAAGUAAUCAUAUGUGGAAAAAAGUAGUUUUAAUUAAUCGUAGCUUUACUUACGAAUGGUGCAUACGCUGUAAUGGAACUGUGUAUUUGUAAUUCUACUCUUCUUAUGAAUGAAAUUUUGUAACGAAUUUUUCGUUACCACUAUAUGUAAACGUGCCAAGGUGUCUGAUGUCAAUGUCCUUAGAGUCGAAUGAUUUGUUAUUCACAAUAUACUGUAUUAUUUAAUGUUAAGGUAAGUAUAAUUUGACUUGGUCGUUAUUAAGUAUAGUUAAGUGUAUAGAAAUAUUCUAUUAGUGAUUUAUAAUUGGAGUAUUUUUAUCAAAUGAAUGAAAGUAUAUACCUUUAAAAGUUAUUGAUUAUAAGUUUAAAAUAUUUUUUAAAUCUUCGACGAGUUUGUAAAUAUCAUCCAAUAUAUGAAACUAAACCUAUUAAAACUACCAUUUAAGUGAGAAGCUAUUGAGAUUAGUCAUUAAUAAUUUUGGUACAAGUUAUGUGCAAUAAUGCCCGAAAAAUUGUGAGUUUAGCGUAUAAUAUAUAUAUGUAUAUAUAAAUAUACCUACUAGCGUUUUUAAAACGUUAAUAGAUCUAUUACAAUUAUUAUUAUUCUUGUAUACCUGUUUAAAUUUUACUUAAAAAGCAAUAUUUGCGAAGAGUUAUGGGGUGCAUGAGAAAAUUGUAUUUUUAUAAGAAUUUUGGCCUUUGAAUAAAAUAUUCUAUAUUUAAUGUAAUUAGGUCCAAAUUGCGUAAAUGAGCACAAUAUACUACUUACUAGAAACCUACGCUAUUUGUUAACACUUUGGAAAUAUAUAUUAUGUAGUAAGGGUGCAUCGUGAUGUCUUUUGACAUUGUAUCAAUUAACGGCUUGACAUGUUUAAGUCGUUUAAGGGGUGAAUAAUUAAACAUGCUGCGUCUUCUUCUUUCUAAUUUUAAAUCAGUGAUGGCGGAAAGAGAUAUCAGCUUUUAAAGUUUAACUAAACUGCUAUAUAAAGUUUAUAAAUAAGGCCAUGUGUUGUUAUGAUAUACAUUUUGAUGCUCUUCGAUGACGUUAUAUAUUUUAAGUUAUAAAAAAUGACACAGGAGAUCGUAUUUAAUAUGACACAGACUGUAUAUAUUUAUAUAUGAACAUAUAUACAAACUGAGCUUGUAUGGUACAAGCAGUUGGUUGAUGAACGAAUACAUCACAGUCAAUUUUGAUAUAAAAUAUGAAUAUUUAUGUCGGCCAUGGAUGAAGCGUCGUUCUAAAUUUGAUUUUAAAUAAAGUUGUGACUAGGAUCGUAGACUAAUGCUGUUGGGAGAGAGUAUUUAAAUAAGUAUUACAACAGACCCAGUUCAGUAGACAAGGCGAUAGGAUUUUUUUUCCCAGUGUCGUGCAGUAUCUAUGUACAGUCGGGGUAAGAAAACCUUCGUCAGUUUUCAAAUUCAUUCCUUUAUCAAGUCGUAAACUCUUAGUACAUUUUGAAACUAAAGCAUUAAACAGA